AUGAAGCUUCUUGUACUGCUCGGCCUCUUUGCCGUCUCUGCUUGGGCCUCCAAGACGAUCCCCGACGAAUUUUUGGGCAAAUGGGUCCAUGAGAAGGAUGAGAACUACGAGGAGUACCUCAAGAAGAAUGGCAUGAACUGGUUAGAGCGCAAGCUUUGGCUCCGCGGCGGCGUCACCAAGGUGUUCGCCAAGGACUUGGAAAAGGGUGGCUACAUGCUAGAGACUCGAUCGCCGUUGAGAGACAUCAAGUACGAGGGUGUACAGCUGGGCAAGCAGUUUACUGCCCAGUGGCGGCCCAGCCCCAAAAUUAAGGUUACCUACGACUUCGUUGAUGGAAAGCUGACGGAAAACCAGAUCCGGUUCGAGAGUCAAGGCGCACCAGAGGAGCAUUAUGCCUAUCAUGUCAAGGACGGGAAGCUGAUCCUGGAGAUUUACAUCGGGGACUUCGUCGCGAGGCGCUACUACAAGAGGGCCGACGAU